AUGCAUACCUAUCGCCGUGUUCGGUUGACGCCUAGCAAAGAAGUUAUUGUUGUAGAGGAGAAUGAGCCUAUCAAUCCUCCUGAUCUAGAAAUGUGGGCUGUCUAUAACCCUAAAGGCGAGCGAGUUGGCUUGUAUCUAUCAGAUGAAGAGGCAGCGGCUGAAUGCCUAGAUAGAACCAAAAAAGCAAAGAAAUUUCAGAAUGGAGUCAAGGCAACCAAGGCCAAGAAGAAGAAAUAA